UUGGUGAGCUAUCAAUAGUUUUUAUUUCCAGUACUAGCCAAUAUCGAAAUACAGUAUUCCUUUUCCCAUUUUCCUUUUUCUUUCCACUUUUCAGUGCAUUUGUGCGUCGCAGUGUUUCAACACGACGACGCACAAAUGCACUGAAAAGGGGAAAUGCAAAUUUGAGUCGAAAUCCGCGAUAGUGAAAGGUUUGUUAGAUUUUUUGCAGCGAAAUUGAUUUUUUGUUGUUGUAAAUAUCAAAACGAGUGGAACAUUUGAACAUUCACUCUGAUUUUUCAAUUUUCCCGGUGUAAAAUCUAUCAAAAACCAUAUAUUUUUCAAAAAUUGGUUUUUUUUCCAGGAAUUUCAUUCCACCCGUCUCGACCAUGGAUUGUAAUAUCUCUUCACAGCGAUGUUAUUCAAUUGUGACAUUAUCGAAUGUGUGUACUUCUCGAGAAGUUUGAUGAGUAUGACGGACCAGUUCGAGGAAUCUGUUUCCAUCAAGAACAACUGAUUUUUGUGUGUGGUGGUGAUGAUUACAAGAUCAAAGUGUGGAAUUGGAAUUAUAAGCAGAAACGAUGCAUUUUCACACUUUUAGGACAUUUGAAUUAUAUUCCAACAACAUUUUUUCACAAUAAAUAUUCAUGGAUUGAUUAUAUCAGCCUCUGAUGAUCAAACUUUUCGUAUUUGAAAUUGACAAUCGCGAAAUUCUAUUGCUAUUUUAACCGGACAUAAUCAUUGAGAAAGAAACAAAUUUGAGAAGGAGGUGUUCCAAACAAUCUGAUGGUGUUGUGAAACAAACAAGUUCUCGAAGGACAUGUUGGUGAUGUAAAUUGGGUUGUAUUCCAUCAUCAAAUGAUAAUUGUUGUUUCUGGUUCAGACAAGUUAUAAAAUGUGAAGAUAUAAUGAGACAAAAAGCUUGAGAAGUUGAUAUUUAUCGAGGAUAAUAUUAUAAUACAUAUUAUAUAUAUAUAUAUCAUCUAUUCGUAUUAUUCUAUCCAAAUCCAGAGUUGAUUUUGUGGAUAAACGUAUUCGAGUUUGGGAUAUGCAAAAACGCACAAGACUUCAUGUUUUCAGGUAAUUUUGAGAUUUUGUGCAGAAAUAUGUAUAUCUCAAAUUCGAGAAAGAAAAUCUACUUAUAUAUAUAUAUAUAUAUUUCUGGAAAAAAAUGUGACGUCGAGCUGAAGUGUCAUAAGCUCGAGUCUUCAGAUCGUCAGAAUUUUGUGAUUUUUCGAGCAAAAUCCAACUUUUCAAAUUUUCAGACACGAGAACGAACGCUUGUGGGUCGUUGCUGCUUAUCCAAGUUUGAAUAUGUUUGCCGCCGGACAUGACAACGGAAUGGUUGUUUUCAAAAUUCAAACAGAACGUCCAGCUUAUGAAAUUGAUGAUCAGAAGCCUGAAGUUCCACCUGAAAGAUCUUCUACAAGAAUUUCGAGAAAAUUAUCUGAAAAACAUGGUCAGAAAGCUGAAAAAUCGAAAAAUUCAUCAAAAUCUGCUUCAGAAGCUGAAAUUCAAGCUGAAAAAGCUGGAAAUCGUCGAAAAUAUGCUCCAGAAGCUGAGAAUGAUGAAAAAAAGCCUGAAAUUGUGACCAAAAAGGAUGGAAGAUCAAGAUCCACAUCUAUAAAAGCUCAAAAAUCUGUUGAGAAUCGUCGAAAUUCAUCUGGAAAUUUGAAAAUUUCACGAAAACCUGCUCCAGAAGCUGAAAAAGCUCGAAAACCUGUUGGAAGACCAAGAUCGAACUCUGUUAGAGCUCCAGAAUCUGCUCCAGAGCCUGAAAUUGCUCCAGAAGCUGGAAAUUGUGAAGUCAAACUCGAAAUAUCUGAAAAUCCACAAAAAUUGACUGAAAAUGUUGUAGAAGUGAAACUGGAAAUUGAGGAAGCGGAAUAUUCGAAUUUUGAAGUCAAAAUGGAAAUUGAGGAAAAUGAAGAAGCUGAAUAUCCGGGAAUUUUGAAAAAAGUGAGUUUUUUGAGCUGAAAAUUCGUGAUUUUCAGAUUUUUUGGGUCUAGAAAAUGUAAAAUUAUCUGAAAAUUUUAGAUUUUUCAGCUCAAAAUUCAAAAUUUUUAUUUAAAAAUUUAAAAAUUUCAAAUUUUUGGAUCUAGAAAAUGUAAAAUUAUCCGGAAAUUUAAAAAUUUCCAAAUUUUUACACAAAAAAUCAUAAAAAAUGUUCCAUCUGCUGACUAUUGACUUCAAAAAAUUCCACCAAAAAUCUUCAAUUUUUUCUAGUUCCUCUACGACGAGAAUAAUCCAUUCGUAAUCUGCUCUCGCAAUUUUGUCCCAUUAUAUCGUGGUCAACCAUUGUACAAAUGCUCAUUCUGCAGAGCAUCGUAUUCCGAAGGUUUGGAAAGCGAAUUGUGCGUGCGAUGUUUGUCAGAUAUCCAAAAUUGGCAAAAAUGUAUUGGGAUUGAGAAUUUCAACAUUAAACAAUUAAAUUCCUUUCAAUUCAAAUGUGUGAUGAUAAUUAAUUAA